CCCCAGCCAAUGGUGUCAGAGCGGUGGGCGGGGCGGGACCAAUCGGAGCAGCGGGGCGGGGCCGCCGGGUUCGCGGGGCCGGGUGGGCGCGCGGCGGCGGCGGCCGUUGCCAGGGGGAGUCCCGGCGCGUGACGGUUGCUCCGCGGCGAUGGCUUCGAGCGGGGAGGAACCGAGGAGCGGUUCCCCGGGCCGGGCGGGCAACGGCAGCGGCCCCGAACCGGCGCUGGACACGGCGGAGGAUUUCGAGGUGCUGGAAGAGGAGGAGGAGGAGGAGGAGGACCUGAGCGAGAUGCCGCCGCUGGAGGACGUGUCCCGGCCACCGGCCCCGCCGCCGGAGGAGCGGGGCGGGAGGGAAGCGGCCGAGGACCCGCAGGAGUGGCUGGAUGUGCUGGGGAGCGGGCUGCUCAAGAAGAAGACGCUGGUGCCGGGCCGGGGGGCGGACACGCGGCCCCGCAAGGGCCAGGACGUGACCGUGCGCCUGAAGGCCGCGCUGGAGGACGGCAGCGUGGUGGAGGAGAACCCUGCCCUCACCUUCACACUGGGGGACUGCGAUGUGGUGCAGGCUCUGGACCUGUGUGUGCAGCUCCUGGAAAUGGGAGAGACAGCUUUGAUCGUGUCAGAUGCAAAGUACUGCUAUGGAGCUCAGGGCAGGAGCCCUGACAUCCCACCCAACGCAGCCCUCACCCUGGAGGUGGAGCUGCUGGAGGCUCGGGAUGCCCCAGACCUGGAGCUGCUCAGUGGGAAGGAGAAGGUGGAGCUGGCCAACCGCAAGCGGGAGCGCGGCAACUUCUUCUACCAGCAGGCAGACUACGUGCUGGCCAUCAACUCCUACGACAUCGCCCUCAAGAUCAUCAGCUCCAGCUCGAAAGUGGACUUCAGCCCGGGCGAGGAGGCUGAGCUGCUGGACGUGAAGGUGAAAUGUCUCAACAACCUGGCGGCUUCUCAGCUGAAACUGGACCAUUACGAGGCAGCUCUCAAGUCCUGUAACCUCGUCCUGGAGCACCAGCCAGGGAACAUCAAGGCUCUGUUCCGCAAGGGCAAGGUCCUGGCUCAGCAGGGCGAGUUCAGAGAGGCCAUUUCCAUCUUGAAGGCAGCGUUGAAGCUGGAGCCUUCAAACAAGACCAUCCACGCCGAGCUCUCGAAGCUGGUGAAGAAGCACGCGGACCAGAGGAACGUGGAGACCGAGAUGUACAGGAAGAUGCUCGGGAAUCCCAGUGCCACUGGGGCGCCCGGGAAGUGCAAAGACAAACUGCGCUGGUCCAUCCCCUGGAAGUGGCUCUUCGGUGCGACAGCCAUCGCGCUCGGCGGCGUGGCCUUGUCUGUGGUCAUUGCAGCGAGGAACUAAGGAUGGCAACGGGGUGGCCCCGUGGCACAGGACCUGCACUGGGAUCUGCCUCUCCCCUGCCGGGGCCUCGCUGACCCCUUCCCAUGGACUCGCAGGAAUACGAUGCUUUCUCUGCCGGAGGUGCCGAAUCCCCCCUCCCGCUGUCCCCCCGUAUCCCUCCCGGUGGCACAGCUGUGGGGAUGGAGCCGCAGGCAGGGCACAGCCCCCCUGAGCCCCUGCCUGGCAAUGGGGGGGCUCAGCCCCCAGCCCUGAGGCUGUUGGAGGGAGCAGGAGCUCCUGUGCACCGGUACAACCAUGGCUGUCCCCAGACAAAUGAACCCCCAUGGGUGCCACGGUGCUGCUGGCACGGCAAGACGGGCAGGGGAGGCACAUGGAAGGAAAGCACAUGGGUAUGAAGCACAGUGGUCUCUGCAGGAAGGGAAGCGGUGCGGAUGUG